GUAUGAUUAGUAACUUGGCGAGAUACUCUACCGAGUUUUCUGACUUAACGAAGUGAAGAAAAUGUUAAGUGAGCAUCGUCCGAGGGGAACUUCGCCUUUCUGCCAUGGAAAUGAUGGAAGGCAGUUCCCGAUUGUUAGUAAGUGACAUGUCGCCGCUUUUACGACGGGUUAUAACAGGCAGGGAAAUUUAUGAGAGAUUUCUUCGCUUGCGCGUGCAAAAUUCAGUAUGAUGAAAGUAUCGGGGGUUAAGAAGCAACCGUGGACGCCUGCGAUUCCUUGUCGACAUCCUGAUAAUAUUAUUUCCUCGGAUUACACCACGGCUAAAGUCUUCAUACCUUCCUAUGACAGAGAGCCUAAACCGUGCAUCGAGCAGUUAUUAACAAACGAUUACCAACGAAUCUGGUGGAAGGAACACGAGGCUUGGAUUAAAAUGCAAUUCCGAGAGCCAGAGAAAAAGAAAAAGUUUCACCCACCAAACGCGGUUGUUCCUAAGAAAAAAAGAGAGACCACCUUGAACAAGUUACGAAAUAAAUCCGACCCAACUGCUAAGACGAAAACGGCGAAGAAAAAAUCGACAGCGGUGAAGAAAUAAUUUGUUGGUUAAAUAUACCUUUCCAAAUUGUGUACGGAUAUUCUCAAGAAAUUUAAUACCUUAUUUUUAGACUGUGUAAUUGUAGGAUAUAUUUUAUAAAUAAAAGUAAUGACAAUGACGCCUUAUUUCCGAUCCGGAUGGAAGGCCUAAUAGCUUAACAACAUUUUUCAACUGUUCUUUAUUGAAAUGAGGAAGAAAUUAUGCAUAGCCAAUGCUAUAAUUUCGCCUGAAAUAUGUAAUUAUGUACAUGGAGGGUAACUAAGGGAUCCUAGUUGUUUACAAAUGGCAGACCGUUUGAUUUCAGGGAUGCUUCGUCCCGAUAAAAUCUAAUUUUAGAAGAUUUAAAUUAAGUGCCAAGAUGGAGGAGUCUAAAGAAUGCACGGUGCAAAAAUCUGCCAAAAAAUUGACGGAGGACAUCCAAAAUAUGACCAACUACAAGAGCUUGUACAAUGAAAUUCAGAGAUUGGUAGCUUCUGCAGCCGUGAAGAAAGUUGAUUUUAAAAGCACCCUCCUCCAAGCUCUGAAAAAUAAUGGUUUGGAAACGGAAUUGCGAAAUACGGUGUUUCACUGGGUUAGGUCACAAGUAAGUAAAUUACAGGACUCUCAUGGUAGAUAAGAGUUGUGAAAAGAGUAUUUAUAAAAUUUUCUGCAGCCAGUUCCGGACUCCUCGUCAGUGGACACGGAUUUGGGAUAUUUGAGAAAAGCUCAGAUUCAGUGGGAACGUCGAAUUCAGAAAUCAUUGAAUUCCAUGUGCAAUGAAUUAAACGUACCUUUAGCUAGAAUAAGACCUAAUGCCGAUAGAGAUGAACUUGCUGAAAAGUGGAACGAACUGAGCACGUACUUUAUCGACUUGUCUCAAUACAGGCCACUGUAUGCUCCGAAAGACUUUCUGGAGGUCCUCUUUUCGGUUCGGGAUCCAUCGUUUAAACGACAAACAGGAGAACCGAAUUGGGAAUUCAGUCACAUCCAGAUUAGAGUGAAAACGCUGGUGCAAUUGAGAGCGAUGUAUCCGGAAUUAUCCCAAGGUGUGCCAUUGUUGGGCGUGAAUCCCAACAUGCCUGUUGCUGGUAAUUUCCCAAAUUUAGAAGCCGAAAGAACUCAUCUAGGCGAAAAAGUCCUGCAGUCGAAUCACGCUCCCAUUGCACAGGAAUUCUUGAAACGUGGAAGCCCCAGAGCUCUCAGAGGACGACUUUGGUCCUUGGUCUUGGGUUCGGUUGUUAAGGAUAAUGACGCAGAGUACUACGAAGAACUGAAAAGUAUGGUCUUGCAGUAUGACAUUAUGGUAGACAAGCUGAUCAUCAAGGAUGUCCAGUUAACUGCGAGUAACGAUGACCAGUAUUUUGUCUUCGAAGAUGUUUUAUAUAAGACGAUGCUAUGUUUCUCGAGAGACUCUGAGGUUCUGGCUCCUGUGACGACGGACAGAAGUGCAGGGGGUCAGGUCAUUCAUGCCGUUCUUCAGGGAAAGCCUGCUACGCUGGAAAAUACUGUUGUGUUUCCUCCCAGUGGAGUCAUUCCUUUUCAUGGUUUCACUAUGUAUGCAACUCCAUUCUGCUACCUGUACGACGAUCCAUGCAUUAUGUAUUACACAUUUAGGGCGUUUUAUCUACGUUAUUGGUUUCGUCUUCACACGGUCUCCAGUCACGAGCAAGGAAUAGUGGCACUGUGUUUGCUUUUCGAAAGAUUGCUACAGUGCCACGAGCCACAAUUGUGGGCUUACUUCAGAAAUUUGCAUAUACAGCCAAUUAAAGUUGUGUUCAAGUGGCUGAUGCGAGGCUUCAGUGGCCACUUACCUCCAGAACAAUUACUGUACUUGUGGGAUUUGGUACUCGGAUAUGAUUCCUUGGAAAUUAUACCCCUCCUUGCCGUGACCAUCCUAAGUUUCAGGAAAGAAAAUUUAAUGCAAGUUAAUACAUUGCAUAAUAUCGAGGCUGUUUUAGCAGACCUCUCAUCUCUGAAGAUUAUGCCCCUGCUUCAGCUAGUCCUUCUGAAAGAUUAAUUUUAU